GUGAAGCUUUGACCAUCAAAUCGGAAACGCUAACGGAGCGAGAGACGGAGAGAAUUAAUCAGUAAUCGGAGAUUCUUCAGGAGUAACCAUUAGCAGUGGUGUCUCUGUGUUAUUUAGUAUCAAUUUUAAAAUGAUUCUAAAAAGACAAACAUGCCUAUGCCUUUUCACUUUAUUUACAAAUUUGUGCCACUGUCGAAACUCCGUUAGAAAAAGGAAAGGUUUGUUUUUUUUUUUUUUUUAAAGGAAAGGUUUGUUACUUAAGAAAACUUCUAGGGUUUUUUUUUUGUUUCUCUGCUCUUGAAGUUGCUUCUUCAAUUCAACAAUGGCGAAAUCAAGAGUUCACCCGCAGUUCUUCCACACACUUGCUUCUGGCUUUCACACACAACUCACGGUUCCUGAAGAAUUCUUCUCAAAUUAUAUUGAAGGAAGAAGAAGCGUCGUGGAGCUUAAAUCGGAUGUUUCGGACAGAACCUGGAAAGUGAAGAUGUCUGGUCGGAGACUUACUAGUGGCUGGGAAGAGUUUGCGUUGGCUCAUGAGUUUCAGAUCGGUGAUGUUGUUGUUGUUAGAUAUGUAGGUGAUUUGGUGUUCCAUGUUUCGGAUUUAGGACCUAAUUACUCGGAGAUUCAAGACUAUAAGGGUAAAGAUUUGUUGAAAAAGCGUUUGCAUCCAAGAACACAAGUAGACUUUUCAUCAAACCAUGGAGAUGUUCUUGAUGAUGAGGAUAGCGUAGUGAUUCCCAGAAAGAAGAAAGCGAAGAACAUUCAAGAAUCCGAAGCAGAUGCAGUUUCUUCAUCUUUGUCAUCAGACAACUCAUGUUUUGUGGCUCUUGUCACGGCUUCGAAUCUACUCUCAGAUACACUGUAUCUUCCACUACAUUUCACAAGCGCAAAUGGUCUUACAAGAAAAUGCCGCGAGAUUGUUUUAACAGACGGAGGGGACAGAUUAUGGAUAUUGGAUCUGAGGUUCAACGAAUCAUCUAAUACUUUUUAUAUAACCCGCAGUUGGAGAAAUUUCUGCGAUGAAAACGGUCAAAAAGCAGGAGGUUUCUUUAUGUUUCAACUAGUGAGAAACGAGGAAACACCUGUGCUCAGUUUAUCCCCUACAGAGUCCACUAGUGAUAGAAGGCAAAAGGACUGUUCAGAAGCUAGCAAGAGAGAAUCUGUUGCUACAAAACUUAGUUGUGAGGAAGAGAACAUAUCAGGGGAAGGUAGUAAGGACGAGUGCAGCCCACCGGAGUCAUUGACAGAAAAAAAGAAGGAUGCUCCAGAACGAAAAUUUUCAUCAUAUUCAUCAUACUCGUCGCGUCAUAAGCGAUUCAUAACAUUUACACUUCCACCGGAUUAUAUCAGACUUGAAAAACUGUGUCUUCCAAAGCCAUUCGUGAGGGAAAAUGGCAUCAAGCCUGGGGAGAUGUAUCUAUUGGGUAAAGAUGGUAAAAAGUGGCUGAUUAAACUAAUACUAGACAACAAAGGAACAACGAAAAUGAGAAAGGGUUGGAAAGAUUUUGUUAAAGAGAACAACUUAAAGUCAAGCUUCACACUCAAGUUGAUAUGGGAAGACACAACUCCGGUGCUUAGUUUGUGUGAUGCAGAAUCUACUAGUGACAGCGAGCAAGAAGAUUGUUCUCCAUCGAGCCAAAAACAAUUUGUGACAUUAACAAUUACAUCUUCUGGUAUCAAAAAGUGUAGACUGGUUCUUUCAGCGCAAUUUGCGAGGGAGAAUGAUAUUGACAAGCCUGGAACGAUAUAUCUGGUGGGUACAGAUGGUACAAAGUGGCUGACUAACGUUCAACGAGACAACAAAGGAACAAUGACUUUGGGAAAAGGUUGGAAAGAAUUUGCUGAAGCAAAUGACAUAAAGAUAGGUGAACCCUUUAAGAUGGAGUUAAUAUGGGAUGACAAAACCCCUAUGCUUAGUCUGUUGAGUACAAAGCCUAGCAGUUCAAAAGCUAACGAGGAAGAGUCCAUUUCCUCAGAUUCAUCCCCAACAAUAGAUAACCGAGUGGUGACAUUAACACUCACACAUGAAGAUGUCAAAGCCUGUAAACUGCAACUUCCAAGUCAAUUCAUGAAGGCUAAUGGUAUAAACAGACUUGGGAAGAUAAGUCUUUUGAGUGAAAGCGGAAUGGAAUGGUCAGGAUAUCUGUUGUCAAGAGAUGGAACUGUCUCCUUGGGUUGUGGUUGGGAAGGAUUUUGUGAGGCUAAUGGCGUCAAGUUAGGACAAUCUUUUACUUUGGAGUUCAGUUAUGUAGAAGAUACAACUCCAGUACUUAAGUUUUGUUCUCAGAGAGGCUAAAUACAAAAAUGAUCAAUUAGGAAUGUAUAAAAACAAGUAAAGGCAUAUACAACCAUUUAAAAAAUUUUGGUUAGUUGAGUUCUAAAAUAGGUUUACAACUUUUGUAGCUGAAAAUAUAAGAAAUUUUGAGAAUAAUAUGAAUGGUAGGGGCUGCGCGAACGCAAACCCCCUCUGCCACAAAUAAUGACGCAGGCUCUUCCUCUUGGGAAGACCUUAGGCUAAGCACCCCAACGUUAUGUGCAAUGUGGUCACUAGCCUAGGCCACUCGUCUUCAUGAUCACGA